AUGAUACCCCUUCCCAUCUCCCUCACCCUCCUCGGGAGCGCCCUCCUCCUCUCCAACCUAACAACAGCAGAACCAACACCCGGCCCACCCCCCAUCACCCAACUCCUCGCCGAAUCCAACGCGACCUCCAACACCGUAGCCUCCCUCCUACCUCCCACGCUCGACCCCUGGUACCGAGCCCCAACAACGUACGACUGGGCCGCCACAGAACCCGGUACGGUCCUCAAGAUCCGCCGCGCACCCCAACUCAUCGCGGCUCCCGUCCCCCUCAUCCCCAACGCAUUGGCCGCGUAUCAUUUGUUGUACCGUUCUACUGAUAGUCGGUAUAACCCGUCUUGGGCUGUUACGACGCUGUUUGUGCCGCGGUCGCAGGCCCCCCCCCUCCUCUCCUACCAACUCCCCUACGAUACCUGCAACCCCAACGCCUCGCCCUCUUUCGCCCUCGCCCUCUCCUCCCUAACCGGCGAUCCCUACGGCGACAUCACCUCCGCCCUUUCCCUCGGCUGGCUAGUCGCUGUCCCCGACUACGAAGGACCCUUGGCUAGUUAUUCCGCUGGUGUGCAGGCGGGACAUGCGACGCUUGAUGGGGUACGGGCUGUUUUGGCUGUGGGGGAGGGUUUGGGGUUAGGUUUAGGGGGAAUGGAGAAAACGAAGGUUGCGUUAUGGGGGUAUAGUGGUGGAGCGUUGGCGUCGGAGUGGGCAGCCGAGUUAUCCGUGCAAUACGCCCCCAAACUCGGGGAAUCCCUAGCGGGCGUGGCAUUGGGGGGGUUAACGCCCAACGUGACGAGCGUAACAGGGUAUUUGAACCGCAAAAAGGGAGCAGGGUUGAUACCGCAGGGGUUGUUGGGGAUGGCUUCGCAGCAUCCGGAGGCAUAUGAAUGGAUUGUGGGGAGGUUGAAGCCGGGGACGGGGAGGGAGAGGUUUUUGAGCGUGAGGGGGAUGACGGGGGCUCAGGCGGUGAGAGCGUUUGAGUAUGAGGAUAUUUAUGGGUAUUUUGUGGGUGGAGAGGGGGAUUUGUAUGUGCCGGUGAUGAAGGGGAUGUAUGAUGUGGAUGGGUAUAUGGGGUAUCAUGGGGUGCCGGGGAUGCCGGUGUUUGUGUAUAAUGCUGUGAAUGAUGAGUUGAGUGAUGUGAGGGAUGUGGAUGCGUUGGUGGAGAGGUUUUGUGGUGUUGGGGCGAAUAUCUUGUAUCAGCGUAACUGGGUGGGCUCGCAUGAGGAGGAGUUGGUUAAUGGACGGGGGAGGGCGUUUCGCUGGUUGCGGAGUGUGCUGGAUGGGAGUUAUGGUGAGUUGUAUGGGACGAUGGGGUGUACCGUGCAGAAUGUUACAUAUAAUAUCAUGCCGUGGGCGGAUAAGAGCACGUCGGGCAAUGAUGGCGAGUAA